GUGUCUCUCCUCCCACUCGGUGGACGCUAACAGCCUCACAGCCACCGAUCACUCGUCGUCAGCCAUGUUGUUGGUGUGACACAGUGAGCUGUCAGCAACAGGUCCUCUCAGUCACAACGCUGCUAAACUUUAACAUUUGGCCAACAAACACUGCUCUCCUUGGAUAAUCCACUGACGGUGUGUUUGGGGAACCGUCCAGAAGUGGUGGAUGAUAACUUCAGCCCGCAGGAAGCUCCCAAGUUGAUGUUUUGUGGUCGCGGUGAGAGAGGUACGCAAGCGAAACUGCUUAUCUAAGCAUGAAUAUGGCUGCGAGCAGUAGCUGAGGACGCCGCCGGGAGUUCCCCCUCUCUGCCUCUGCCACCUGCGAAAAUGAAUGGUGGUCUAAGUUUAUGGGCGAUCUCUCCAGAGGAGAGGGACAAACAUGAUAAGAAGUUUGACACCCUCUCCCCAUCAAUGGGCUAUGUCUCAGGGGAGCAGGCAAGGAAGUUUUUCCUCCAGUCAGGGCUGCCUGGUUCAGUUUUGGCUGAGAUAUGGACCCUGGCUGACAUGAAUAAAGAUGGGAAGAUGGACAGGUUGGAGUUUUCCAUCGCUAUGAAGCUUGUUAAGCUCAAACUCCAGGGUACACCACUUCCUUCAGCACUGCCAAUCAUCAUGAAGCAGCCUCCAGUGCAUGCUCCCAGCCUCAUGAACCCCACCUCAGCCUUGACCAACCCAGCCUAUGGUAUGGCUGCUGUGCCGAACAUGUCGAUGAUGCCUGGGACAAACCUUACCAUGUUGACCCCUCUCUCCAUGGCAACCCCGGGACUCGCACCUUUGACAUCAAUGACAGGCCUUACAACGUUGGUUCCUACAGCAACAGGCCUGAACCCUCUAAUAGCCUCCAACCCCUCCAGGCCCCUGAUGCCCACUGUGGGAAACGCCACCCUGCCAAACGGCACCAUAGGAAUGCUCCAGCCACUCACAGCUGGAGCUUUGGCCACUGGCCAACCUCUCUCUGGUUCACCUUACUCCUCUUCACUCGGAUUCUCCUCUCCUGGUAUGAACAAGGCCUCAUCACUGCUUGACCUUGGAUCUAUUAGCUCCGCGUCCUCAUCCCCCUCUGGGAUGUCCCCUAUGGCUGCCGUUCCCAGCGACUGGGCUGUGCCACAUGCCUCCAGACUCAAAUACAGACAGCAGUUCAACGGCUUGGAUAAGCUAAUGACAGGAUACCUCACUGGUCAGCAGGUGAGAGGUGCCAUGGCAACCACGAUGCUGACUCAGACUCAGCUGGCUUCCAUCUGGACUUUAGCUGAUGUGGAUAAGGACGGCAAGCUAAAAGCUGAGGAGUUUAUUCUGGCAAUGCAUCUCGUGGACAUGGCAAAGUAUGGACAACCACUGCCGCUGACACUGCCAACUGAACUGGUCCCACCCUCACAUAGGGGUGGAAUGAAUGGAUCCAACUCUUCUCCCUAUGCAUCGCUGACUGAUGACUUGGACAUAGAGCCUCCACAGAAAGCCAAACCCAACAUGUCGUUCGAGGAUAAAUUUAAAGCCAAUCUGGAGCGAGGGAACGCAGAACUGGAGAAAAGACGGCAGGCGCUGCUGGAGGCGGAGAGGAGGGAGAGGGAGCGCCGCGAACAGAAGGCGAGAGAGGAGCGAGAGAAGAGAGAGAGGGAGGCUCGGGAGGCCGAGGAGAGGAGGAAGAAAGAGGAGGAGAGGAGGCUGGAGCGACAGAGGGAGCUGGAGAGGCAGAAAGAAGAAGAGCGACAGAGAGAGAUAGAGAGAAAAGAGGCUGCACAGCGGGAGCUUGAGCGUCAAAGGAAGGAGGAGUGGGAGAGGAGGCGCCGAGGAGAGCUCCAGAUAAAGAGGGAGCAGGAGCAAGAUGAUAUCAUCAGAUUGAAAGCUAAGAAAAGGAGUCUUGAGAUGGAGCUGGAGGCUGUGGGUAACAAGCAUCGUCAGAUCUCAGACCGGCUGCGAGACUUUCAGAACAAGAAGAAGCAUCAGAGGACGGAGCUGGAUCUGACCAAUCAAAGGAAAGAGACACGUCAGCAGGACAUACACAACCUGCAGAAACAGCUGGAGGAGUUCCAGAGGAAGUUAUCCCAGCUGACUCCUGAGCAGAAGAGACUGAGUGAGAAGCUCAGAAACAUGUCUGUGAAUAACAUGCCUGUUUCCACCAUGUCCACGCUGAAGGUGGCCGCCUCAGAGAAAAAAGGGACAUGUGUGAAACUGCGAGAGCAGCUGGAAACUCUGGAAAAAGAUACCGCUGCCAAACUGUCUGAGAUGGACCAGUACAACAAAGAUAUGCAGGAACUGAGAGAGAGCGAGAGAAAACAGAAGGCAGCACUUGAGAAUCUACGCAGCGUCAAAGAGGACAAACGGCGUGAGCUGAUGCGAAAGAAGCUUGAAUACGAUGAGAGGAAAAGAAGAGAAGAGGAGAGGAAAAAACAGGAGGAGGAGCGGAAGCGGAAAGAGGAGGAGGAAACUCAGAGGCGUAUUAAGAUGGAAAAAGACCGCCAGUGGCAGGAAAAGCUGAGGAAGGAUGAAGAGGAGCGUCAGAAGAGGCUUCAGGAGGAGAAGGAGGCCAAACAGAGGGAGGAGGAGGAGAGAGAGAGACAAGCUCUCAUCCAGGCUGCCAAGGAGGAGGCCGAACGACAGCACAGAGCAAAGGAGGAGGCAGAGCGAAAGAGAAGAGAGGUGGAGGAGAGGAAGAGAAGAGAAGAGGAGGAGCGGCAGAAGCAGGCAGAGAGACGGAGGCAGGAGGAGGAGAGGAGAAAGCUGGAGGAGGAGAGGAGGCAGCUAGAGGAGGAGAGAAGGAAACUGGAGGAGGAGAGGAGGCAAGAGGAGAAGAGACGCAAAGAAGAAGAAGAGCGACGGAAGAGGGAGGAAGAGAGGAAGAGGUUAGAGGAGGAGCGCAGAGAGGAGGAGCGUAGAAGGGAGAGAGAGGAGGAGGAGAAGAGGAGACAGAGGGCAGCCAUGGCCGCUGUCCGAGAUGCAGAGGACAGGAGAAAGCAUGAAGAUGAGGAGAAAAGGAAGAGGGAGGAGGAGGACAGGAGAAAGUGGGAGGAAGACAGGAGGAAGCUUCAGCAGCAGCAGGAUGAGGACAGGAGGAAGCGUGAGGAGGAAAAAAAUAGGGUGGAAGAGGAGAAGAAAAGAAAAGAGGAGGAAGAGCAGAGGAGGAAAGCCGAGGAGACGAGAAAGAGGAAGGAGGACGCAGCUCGUCAGCAUCAGCCGCCAAGUACAGGUGGGAGGGUGGAUGUUCAGGCUCUGCUGAGAGGACUGGAGGAGAGGAAAGGUGGGCAACCCAGAGCCACACACCACAGGAAGUCAGCGGCCCUCACAUCCUUCAAAGCUCUCUACCCGUUCACAGCCAGAAACAACGAAGAGCUCAACUUCAGUGCAGAUGACAUCAUUGAGGUGGAUGAGACGACAGAGCGGGAGGAGGGUUGGCUGUACGGCAGCAGACAGGGGAAGAUGGGCUGGUUCCCAGAGAGCUAUGUUGAGAGAGUGGCCCCAUCAAACGCUGCUAUUGAUAUUACUGCUGCUGCUGCUGCUGCUCCUCCUUCUAAAGUGCCGCUCCAUUCACAGCUUUCAAAUGCACUUGAAGCUGUCAAAGCAGCAGGAACAAAGUCUGCCUUCACGCCAACACACUCUCCAAACCCUGCACCCUCUGAGACACAAGGACAGAAGGUGGUGGGUAACUUGUUGGCCCAGGCCCUGUGCUCGUGGACGGCAAAGACCGACAACCAUCUGAACUUCAAUAAGGACGAUGUGAUUCAGGUGUUGGAGCAGCAGGAGAACUGGUGGCUGGGAGAGCUGAACAAUGAGCGGGGCUGGUUCCCCAAAACAUAUGUGACACUGCUGGGAGAAGAAGAGAGUUCAGACAUGAAGAGCUCCCCUGCUGAUGCUUCAGAGUCUGACAGCCUGCAGCUGGAAGAAUUCACAGCACUGUACACCUAUGAGUCUCCUGAGCCUGGUGACCUGACGUUUAGAGAGGGAGACGUGAUCUUGGUGAGCAAGAGAGAGGGAGAGUGGUGGCACGGCUCUAUAGGUGGCAGCACAGGCGUCUUCCCCAGCAACUACGUCAAGCCCAAAGAGACAGAUACAUCAAGUGUAUCUGGAAAGAAGAAGCCAGAGAUCGCCCAGGUGAUCAGGGCCCACCCCUCUACUGGCCCUGAACAGCUGAAUCUGGAAAAUGGCCAACUCAUCCUCAUUCUUGGGAAGAACGCCUCUGGCUGGUGGCUCGGAGAACUGCAGGCCCGUGGUAAGAAGCGCCAGAAGGGCUGGUUUCCUGCAUCUAAUGUCAAAAUAUUGGGAUCCAACAGUGGCAAGUCCACACCAGCACCCCAAGCAGUGUGUCAGGUUAUAGCCAUAUACGACUACACAGCCGCCAACAAGGACGAGAUGAGCUUCUCCAAAGGUCAGCUGAUUAACGUUUUGGACAAGAACAACCCUGAUUGGUGGAAAGGAGAGAUCAACGGCACCACUGGUCUGUUCCCCACCAACUACGUCCAGAUGACCACAGCGGAUUGUGACCCCAGCCAGCAGUGGUGUGCAGACCUCAAGAGCUUGGACUCGAUGAGCUCCCAGGAGAAGAAGAGACAGGGUUACAUCCAUGAGCUGAUCGAGACUGAGGAGAGAUACACAGAGGACCUGCAGAUAGUGCUGGAGGUUUUCCAUAAGCCUAUGUCAGAGUCGGGCCGUCUGAAUGAUUCAGAAAUGGGGAUGAUUUUCGUCAACUGGAAAGAACUGCUGGCCUGCAACUCUAAACUUCUAAAGGCACUGCGUGUGCGUAAAAAGACGGGUGGGGAGAACAUGCCGGUGCACAUGAUCGGAGAUAUCUUGGCAGCAGAGCUGUCCCACAUGCAGCCCUACAUCCGCUUCUGUUCCUGCCAGAUCAACGGAGCAACAUUGCUCCAGACGCGCAUCGACAACGAGCCCAACUUCAAGGACUUCCUCAAGAAAAUUGCAACAGACUACAGGUGUAAAGGCAUGCCGCUGUCCAGCUUCCUGCUGAAACCCAUGCAGAGGAUCACACGCUACCCACUGCACAUCAAAAAUAUCCUGGAGAGCACCCCAGAGGGCCACGCUGACCGAGGUCCUCUGAAAGAGUCACUGGAGAGAGCCGAGGAACUCUGUAAACAGGUAAACGAGGGUGUGAGAGAAAAGGAGAACUCUGACAGACUGGAAUGGAUCCAGAGCCACGUACAGUGUGAUGGCGCUGCAGAGAACAUGGUCUUUAACUCUCUUACCAACUGUUUGGGUCCCAGGAAGCUGCUCCACAGCGGCAAGAUGAACAAGGCAAAGAGCAACAAGGAACUCUGGGCUUUUCUCUUUAACGACUUUCUGCUUUUGACUCAUGCGGCGAAACAGUUCACCUCGUCAGGGCCUGAUAAACUGUUCAGCAACAAGAACAAUGUACAGCUCAAGAUGUACAAGCCGCCUGUGCUGCUAAAUGAAGUUCUGGUGAAACUGCCAGACCCUUCUAGUGACGAGCCCACCUUCCACAUCUCACACAUCGAUAGAGUCUAUAUACUCAGGACCGACAACAUCAAUGAAAGGACAGCCUGGGUUCAGAAGAUUAAGGCUGCAUCUGAGGAAUUUAUCGAGACAGAAAAGAAAAAAAGGGAAAAGGCCUACCAAGCACGAUCUGUGAAGGCGAGUGGGAUCGGAAGACUUCUUGUCACCAUCUUGGAGGCCACUGAACUCAAGGCAGGCAAACCCAACGGUAAAAGUAACCCGUACUGUGAAGUGACCAUGGGAGCUCAGAUAUUCACAUCCAGAACGUUAAAUGACACCCUGAACCCCAAGUGGAACUUCAACUGUCAGUUCCACAUCAAAGACCUUUACCAGGACGUCCUCUGCAUCACCAUCUUUGAGAGAGACCAGUUUUCUCCUGACGACUUUCUGGGUCGGACAGAGGUUCCCGUGGCAACCAUAAAGAAAGAGUUGGAAAACAAAGGACCGGUAACACGUCGUCUUCUGCUGCAUGAGGUUCCUACAGGGGAAGUGUGGGUCCGUCUGGACCUGCAGCUCUACGUCAACAAAUAGGACAAACUGAAAAAAUGCAGAGUUUUCUUCUUCUGAAACAUUCCAAUAUGGAUAUUUUCCUCCUGCACGGUAACCAAAUAAGAAAGGCUGUUUUUGUCACCUAAACAAACUCCGAAGGUUCCCCCCCACGUGGAAACCAAUAUCAGACAAGACACUCCUGAGCUGAACACACGUCAGGCCUUAAUAUUUUAAUAUUUACCAGCACUAAUAAUACCUCUUCUGAUCUCAUCUGAAUCUUCCAGUAGGAGAUCAGGGUCUGAGUGACACCAUCUGAACCCACGAAUAGGAGUCAGAUCUCCCCUUUAUCUCCUUCUCAUGACCUCAGAUAGAAAAGUAAGCACGACCUGUGCAGCUGUUUGCACCUGCACAACAUGUACUGAUCUCUGUGACAGAGGCCAGAGGAACAGUGGAGACACAGUGUGUCAUGAAACUCAAUUUGGGUCUUCUGCUGUAAUAAUUUGUAGCUGUCAAAGAGACAGAGAACUGGACAAAGACUGUUAAGAAACAAAUAAUCAUUAUUACAUUAUUAAAAAAUAUAAAGAUAAAGGCUCUUAGCAGCUCCCUAGCUCAGUUACAACAGUUGGGUUUUAAGUGUUGAGUGAUUGAGACACACUUUGCCAAUCUGGUCAUUUACGCAAUGUUUCUCUUAACUCCCAGGAUAUGUUUAUGUUGACUUUUUUUGGAUGAGGUUGUGACUGAUGGCGUUUAAGAGACUGUGCUACGACUGUCUGAUCUUCAACAUGUUUUCACAGAGACAUCGUCAACAGUAGAGGGCAGAAGGUGGACGGCAGCACGAACUCCCAGAGUCAGUUUACUACUGUAGAUAGAACCUCUCAGGACACGUUGUUCUGGGUUGGAUCUGUGUCACUGUAACAAUAUGUGUGUGCAUUUGUUUGUGUGCGUGUCUUUGGAGUGCAAAAGUAUAAAGCUUUAGUUGAGAUGUAGUAACAUACAAAAUCUCUUCAGCUGAGGGCUGUGGAUGCUGCAACUUUUUUGGAAUAAACUCUUAACUUCUAGCCUUAAUGCAAGUCAUCUUUUUAAUCUUUUUAAAUCUGUCAGUUUCUAAAAACCCAUUUGAAGAAUUUGGGAUUUCUUGAUUCGUCUUCAGGAUACAUUUAUUAACUUUUUUUUUCAUGUGCAAAAUCAGCCAAUGCCAAGUAAUUUGAGUGGAAAAUAAUUUAGGGGAGAAAAUGUUGCAGGUAUAAUAAGUGAUUCUGAGGUAGCUCUUUCUGCCUUUUAAGUGAGGAGGAUUUUGAGGCAACACAGAUGGGCAGUUUGUCAGCAAUAACAAACAGUAUUUGCUCACCUGAAUUUUUGCUCUUACACUUUCACCCUGCCGGACAGAUUUUGAAGGUUCAUUCUCCUGUCCCCACCUCACUGAUGGUAAUAUUGUCCAUCUCUGUUGCCUCAAAAAGUUACUUUAUUAACAUCCGCCAUGAAAACCUUACAAGGAUGUUGCGUAUAAUAAGCUUUUUUAUUUAUGUUGUUGUUUGGUGUCUUCUGCCUCGUUUUUACUCUUUUUGUUCUUCGCAUCCAGUUCCUUUUCUAACUCUGAGGGCCUGCUGGUGCUCUGGAUAUUAACAGAAAAAAAUGUUUUUAUUUCUUAAUUUAUGCGUGUGACUAUCCAAAGGUUUGUAGCGGCUUUGCUUGCUGUGUCAUCUAGGAUAAUCAGUUGGUAUCCACUGGGUUUGUUUUGUGUGACGUGUUCAUCGAUACUGUUUUGAAAGGCAAUAGAACAUCUCUGAUGACUUUUACUGUAAGCAGACUAGGUCACUAGUCUUUUUGUUAAUCCUGCUGUUUUGUAUUCCAUUAAUUUGUCUUAUUCAAUCCACAAAACUUUGUUUUUAAGUCCUUUAUUAACUUUGAUGUUUCUUUGAAAUUGUGGAGAAUGUGCAAAUAGACUGGACUACCUUUCUCAUCUGUUUAGGGCUGUUAAAGUUUGUCUUUUGUUUUCCUUUUUUAUUUUCCGCAGCCUUCUGUAUUGACUGCUGCUAUGCUAACUGAAUUUCUGGCCUCUAACCCAGACUGUGUGAUCAGCCUGGAGUCUGUAACCUGCUGUUUGUACAUGUGGCACUCUCAAUCAGGGUUUCUCAAGUCAAAUUAAAGACAUUAAAAGUGAACAAA